ACCCCCCAACACACAGCAGCAUUUAGAAACACCUUACUCACGAAAUUUGCAUUUUCAUUCUGAUUUGAACACCCACCAAAAAUGGAUCUCCCUGCUCUACUCUCCACCCACCAACUUCUUCGCAAGUACCGCAAUUCUGCAAAACCCGGCCGCAGCCUCAAGAAACGCCUUGCAUACGAGCGUGCCCUCGUCAAGCUCACCCAACUUCAGGUGGUUUCCUGUGCCGAUGUGAAGGCCGUUAUUGAAAUUCAAAGUAAGUAUCCAAACAAAGGUUGGAAACCCGAUCUUUGCGUGAGUAAACACUACCGCAAGGUAAUUCGUGCUGCACGGAAGAAUUUCGACGUAAUUCCGCUGGAUUUGCCUCUGGCUCCACCUCCAUCCACACCAGGCAACACCACUGGAGGGGAAGCUUUUGAGGCCGGAGCAGACGAUGAUGAAUCUGGAGCCGGAACUGAAGAUGAUGAGGCCGCCGCCGACCCGUGAAGGUUGGUUUGGUGCUGUACCCUGUGUCACCGAGUUCUUCCCGCUUCAUAUCUACGAUAUUAAGAAUGGUAGCGUAUUACAUAAUAUGGGGAAAAAAUUGGCCGGGUGGCUGUUUUUUGUCCUGUCUGUCUAUAUGUUAGUAAGAAUGGUGGCUGAAUUGUGUUUGUAUUCUUGCAAAUUUUAAAGCCGAACCAUAUAUCUUUUGAUGCGAUAAAUUACAUGUACGCUGUUAAAUUCUGGUUUUGAUUUUCCGUCGUUGGUAUAAAUAGAAUUGCUCUUGGC